CCCAUGCUAUUCUCUGAAGUUCUGUGGUGCACAAGCCAAGCGAUAUUUUCAGAGUCCCGUCUGUGCGAGUUAUCACACGGCUGAGGUUUGUUCAAGACUAUAAAGCCAAGCAAACAACAUCUACUGAUUUAGUCAGAAACCUGUGUAGUGCACUUUCUUCAACAGGCUACCAUGGCAGGAAGAAUGAAGAUUAUUAUUUGUCUCCUUCGAAACGACCUACGUUACCAUGAUAAUGAGGUUCUCUUUUGGGCACAUAAGAAUGCAACCAAUGUGAUUCCACUCUACUGCUUUGAUCCUCGGCAUUAUAAGAGCACGUAUAAUUUUGGAUUCCCAAAGACGGGUCCGCAUCGUCUCAAGUUCCUCCUGGAAAGUGUUGAGGAUCUCAGAAAAACUCUUCAGUCAGUCGGAAGUGGCUUGGUUGUAAGGAGUGGUCAGCCUGAGGAUGUGGUACCUCAGUUAAUCCAGCAGUUUGGAAAAGAUGAAGUUGCUGCAGUUGCACUGCAAGAAGAGGUGACUUCUGAGGAGCUGGAUGUGGAAGCUGGUUUGCAGCAAUCUUGCUCCAAGCUUGGAGUCCAAUUGAAGAAGUUCUGGGGAUCCACCCUCUAUCACAGACAAGAUGUACCAUUUGAUCCACAAGGGGUGCCUAAUGUGUACACAGAGUUCAGAAAGAAGGUGGAGAAUAGGUCUCAUAUCCGACCGCCUAUCAACAUGCCCAAUUCACUCAAAGGUCUCCCACAAGGAACAGAAGAAGGGGAUAUUCCUACAUUCUCAUCGUUUGGUGUGAAAGAUCCAGGUUCUGAUUCAAGGUCAGCAUUCCCCUUCCGAGGAGGAGAGAGCACAGGCCUUGCCAGAAUUGAAGACUACUUUUGGAAAAGUGACUGCAUCUCACAGUACAAGGAAACCAGAAAUGGUCUGAUUGGGUCAGAGUACUCUACAAAGUUUGCAGCAUGGUUAGCACAUGGUUGUGUGUCACCCAGGAAGAUUCAUGCAGAGGUGAAGAGAUAUGAAAAGGAGAGAACUGCAAAUCAGUCAACAUAUUGGGUCAUAUUUGAGCUAAUUUGGAGAGACUACUUCAAGUAUGUUGCAAUGAAGUUUGGAAAUAAGAUGUUUGCUCUGAAUGGUCUUCUUGAUGUUCAGAAACAGUGGACAAAGAAUAAGAGAUGGUUCGAUGCCUGGUCUAAAGGCCUAACAGGGGUACCUUUUGUAGAUGCCAACAUGAGAGAGGUAGCCGCCACCGGAUUCAUGUCCAACAGAGGGCGACAAAACGUGGCCAGUUUUCUUGCCAAAGAUCUUUGCCUUGAUUGGAGGCUGGGAGCAGAAUGGUUUGAACAGAUGUUGGUUGAUCACGAUGUAACAAGUAACUAUGGCAACUGGCUGUAUAGUGCUGGAGUUGGGAAUGACCCUCGUGAGAGCAGGAAGUUUAACAUGAUCAAGCAGGGACUUGACUAUGAUCCACAAGGUGACUACAUCCGCCUGUGGAUACCAGAGCUGAAGGGCAUCAAAGGAGGAGCUAUUCACAUGCCUUGGACCCUUAGCAAUGCAGAGCUCAACCAGGCUGGGGUAUCUCUAGGGGAGACAUACCCCUCCCCCAUCGUUACAGCCCCAGAGUGGAGCAGACACACAAGCAGACCAGUAAGUGAUAAAGUUAAAUUAAUUUCCGUCAUUCUUCACAUUUAAAGCCACUUGGUCUAA